AGUCGUCGCAAGGCAGGACAAGUGCGGGAAUCGAAGUCCCCGCAAAGCGCACCAACGUUCUGUGUGAAGAAGCCACAGGGUGGCUGGCGCAUCGUUCAUGCGUACAACAAGCUGAACGAUGCGACGCUACCGGCGCAGACGCCGAUACCUCGAAAAGAUGUCAUCAUCGAUUCGAUGUCCAAGAGCACCAUCUACAGUGCUCUUGAUCUGAGAGACGGGUUCUAUCAGAUCCUGAUGCGUGAGAGCGAUAUCCCUCUCACGGCGGUAAGCACCCCAAGCGGUAUGCUUUGGGAGUGGCUAGUAAUGCCGCAAGGACUGAAGAACGCCCCUGCGACCUUCAAUAGAUGCGUCACGCAUCUAUUGCGCUCGGUGCGCGACUUCGCACCGAGCUACUUCGACGAUGUGUACGUUCACAGCCGGGCAGUGAACGAGAAGACGGACGUCGAGACGCACAAAGAACAACUCCAGGCACUGCUUGGGCUCAUGCGCAAGCACAAGCUCUACGCGAACCUGAAGAGCAUCUUCGGUGCGAGCGAGAUACCCGUGCUAGGGUGUCUCGUUGGGAAGAAUGGCGUACGCCCUGACCCCGAGAAGGUCAGAGUGAUCAAUGAAUGGCCUACGCCAUCCAACGUGAAGGAACUGCGGCAGUUCCUUGGCCUUGCCACGUACUUGUGCAAGUACGUGGACAACUACGCAGGCAAGAUUUACCCGCUGUCGCAGCCCCUGAAGAAGGAAGCUGCGUGGAUAUGGACUGGGCUUGACUGA